UUUAAUUCAAUACUCUUUGCAUAAGUUUGCGGAUUUCUUGUGCUUGUCCAGCCAGCUUCUACUGCUCGUUUUUUUAUUGAAUUAAAAUUAAAAGAAAAAGAAGUAGAAGAGAAGACAGGCUUUUUCUUCAGGUUUUGGUAACGAUAUAUUACUGUACGUUACCUAUAAAGUUAAUUGUCUUUAAGUUGCUGUACAAUUUUGUGAGCUCAUAGCCAUACUAAGUUGUUUGGUGUCUAUUUUAUUAUGUGACAAGAGACAAGUAUUUUAGAGUUUUGGGAGUGAUUGCAGUGAGAAAGAAAAAUAACACUAAACGAGACAAGUUACUCGGAAGCGUUCAAAGCAUUGAAGGUCGGAUAUCGAUAAACGUCGAUUUUGUUAAAAAUCUAAUUGGUUUAUAGUCCCUUUUUCGAUGCAGGGACAAGUUCAACAACCAUCACAAACUCAGUUAUCAGGGACGAAUAAUGUUAUUCUUAAAAUGAAUGAUAUUCAGCAGCUUUCUACAGUUGGUCUCCUUGAGCUGGCACAUAGGGAGUACCAAGCGGGUGACUAUGAGAAUGCUGAACGACAUUGCAUGCAGUUGUGGAGACAGGAAACUAACAACACUGGAGUACUCCUUUUGCUGUCAUCCAUUCACUUCCAGUGCCGAAGGCUAGAUAAGUCUGCACACUUCAGCACACUGGCCAUCAAGCAGAAUCCGUUGUUGGCAGAGGCUUAUAGCAACCUAGGCAAUGUGUACAAGGAGCGAGGCCAACUGCAAGAAGCUCUGGAUAACUACCGACAUGCAGUGCGGUUGAAACCAGAUUUCAUUGAUGGUUACAUCAAUUUGGCGGCAGCGCUGGUGGCGGCAGGCGACAUGGAGCAGGCGGUGACUGCGUAUGUCACAGCGUUGCAGUACAACCCGGAUUUGUACUGCGUUCGUAGUGAUCUGGGUAAUCUACUGAAAGCACUUGGGAGACUUGAUGAAGCCAAGGCUUGUUACCUGAAAGCUAUAGAGACCCGGCCAGACUUUGCCGUCGCUUGGAGCAACCUCGGGUGUGUGUUCAACGCUCAAGGCGAGAUCUGGUUGGCCAUUCAUCACUUUGAGAAAGCAGUGGCUCUCGAUCCAAACUUUUUGGAUGCCUACAUUAAUCUUGGCAACGUCUUGAAAGAAGCGAGAAUUUUUGAUCGAGCGGUAGCAGCGUAUCUGAGGGCGCUCAACCUGAGCCCCAACAAUGCUGUGGUCCACGGGAACUUGGCAUGCGUCUACUAUGAGCAAGGCCUCAUUGACCUGGCCAUUGACACGUACCGCAGAGCCAUUGAGUUGCAGCCAAACUUCCCUGAUGCCUACUGUAAUCUUGCCAACGCCCUCAAGGAGAAAGGGCAGGUGGUGGAAGCAGAGGAGUGCUACAACACGGCUCUCCGCCUAUGUCCGUCACACGCAGACUCGCUAAACAAUCUAGCAAACAUCAAGCGAGAGCAGGGUUACAUUGAGGAAGCCACCCGGCUGUACCUGAAGGCUUUGGAAGUGUUCCCAGAGUUUGCUGCUGCACACAGCAAUCUGGCAUCAGUGCUGCAGCAGCAAGGAAAGCUCAAUGAAGCUCUCAUGCACUAUAAGGAAGCCAUCCGCAUUCAGCCAACAUUUGCUGAUGCCUACAGCAACAUGGGAAACACACUCAAGGAGAUGCAGGACAUUCAGGGUGCUCUGCAAUGCUACACAAGGGCUAUACAAAUUAAUCCUGCUUUUGCAGAUGCUCACAGUAACCUUGCUUCAAUUCACAAGGACUCGGGGAAUAUCCCGGAAGCUAUACAGUCAUACCGUACAGCUCUGAAGCUAAAACCAGACUUCCCGGAUGCAUACUGUAACCUGGCACAUUGUUUACAAAUCGUGUGUGACUGGACAGACUACGACGCUCGCAUGAAGAAGCUGGUCAGCAUCGUGGCCGAACAGCUGGACAAGAACCGACUGCCAAGUGUCCAUCCCCAUCACUCUAUGCUGUAUCCUCUGAGUCAUGAGUUCCGUAAAGCUAUUGCUGAGCGACACGCAUAUCUCUGUCUCGAGAAGAUACAUGUUUUGCAUAAACCACCAUACAAGUACCCGAAAGAGAUGGGUGUACGCCUGCGGAUCGGUUAUGUCUCAUCUGACUUCGGAAACCAUCCUACCUCCCAUCUGAUGCAGAGCAUCCCCGGCCUCCACGACAGGAGCAGAGUGGAAAUCUUUUGCUAUGCUCUCAGUGCUGAUGAUGGGACCACCUUCCGCACCAAGAUUGCAAGAGAGUCUGAACACUUCAUUGACCUUUCACAGAUCCCUUGUAAUGGGAAAGCGGCAGAUCGUAUUAACAGUGAUGGCAUACAUAUUCUUGUUAAUAUGAAUGGGUACACGAAAGGAGCCAGAAACGAAAUAUUUGCCCUGCGACCAGCUCCUGUUCAAGUUAUGUGGCUGGGCUAUCCUGGCACAAGUGGAGCAUCCUUUAUGGAUUACCUGAUCACAGAUGUGGUGACCUCUCCAGUUGAGCUUGCCUCUCAGUACAGCGAGAAGUUGGCCUUCAUGCCACAUACUUACUUUGUUGGAGACCACAGACAGAUGUUUCCCCAUCUUAAGGAGAGAUUAAUUUUGACUGAAAAGCUUGGUGCCAAGAAGGAUGUGGCUGACAAUGUAGCUGUGAUCAAUGCGACUGACCUUUCUCCCAUCAUAGAACAUACCCAGGUCAAGGAGAUUAGGGAGGUGAUUGCUCCAGCCACAGACCCUAAGACCAGCAGGCCAGUGGAAAUCUCCUUAAAAGUUGCUGAGCUAUCAACCACUUCCCCCAUUGAGACAAUGAUCGCCUCUGGACAGAUACAGACUUCUGUAAAUGGAGUGGUGCUUCAGAACGGGCUAGCCACAAACCAGACCAACAAUAAGGCUGCUACAGGGGAGGAAGUACCCCAGAGUAUUGUCAUCACCACCAGGCAGCAAUACGGACUACCUGAUGAUGCCAUCGUCUACUGCAACUUCAACCAACUCUAUAAGAUUGACCCGCCCACUCUACAGAUGUGGGUGCAUAUAUUGAAGAACGUGCCCAACUCUGUUUUGUGGCUGCUGAGGUUUCCAGCUGUGGGAGAACAGAACCUACAGUCAGCUGCCCAGCAACUAGGUCUCCCCCCAGGACGUCUGCUCUUUAGCAAUGUGGCUGCCAAGGAAGAGCACGUGAGACGAGGCCAGCUGGCCGAUGUGUGUCUGGACACACCACUCUGCAAUGGACAUACCACUAGCAUGGACGUGCUAUGGACUGGCACCCCUGUCGUUACUUUACCAGGUGAGACACUGGCAUCACGCGUUGCUGCAUCACAGUUGGCAACCUUGGGGUGUCCAGAGCUGGUGGCUCGCACCAGGCAGGAGUACCAACAGAUCGCUAUCCGCCUGGGCACUGACAGAGAAUACUUGAAAGCCAUGCGGGCAGAAGUCUGGAGGGCCCGCACUGAGAGCCCCUUAUUUGACUGCAAACAAUAUGCUCAAGGAAUGGAGAAACUUUACAGAAUCAUGUGGAACCGAUAUGCUAAUGGCGAAAAGCCAGAUCAUAUCUCCGCACAAACUAUAGACUGAGCCCUUCGUUUAACAUAAAGACAUAUUUAUAUAUUUUGUCGUAGAUUAAUUUUUCAAUAAAUCCGAUAAUUAUAAAUCUUUAAUGAUUCAAUAAAGUGAGUAUGCGAUGAGUAAAAAUCACAGUUAGAAAAAGAAAUCCACAUUAACUUGUCUCCAUCACAGUUAUUAAUAUGAAUGUCAGUUUUGCUGUUUAUUGAUAUUAUGACGUUUGUUUGAAUUUUCCUUGAUGUAAAUGUUAAUACUCGCUUCCAUACCAGUAUCUCAUUUUGUUCAGAUUCGAUUCCUAAUUUUUGAAGUUUAUAGAUGUAACUUAGAUGUCAAACCUUAGUUAAUGUUGACAAUAUUACGUAACUGUUAUGCCCUCUCAGACAAGUAAACUUAAAUGAUUAAUUGUCAUUUGUUUUGUUGGUGUAACUAUGUAGUGAUAAUAAUUACUUGCUUCCCAUUUUCUCUUAGUUGAGUUUUACAGAGAAGCGGACUUUAUUAGAUGGUCAGAACCAAUUUUAGAGUUCAGUUUAGUUAAGUUUUUCGACGUGUCUUCAGUAUUUUUGAGAUGAAAUCAUUUUAACUUUGAUGAAUGUUGCAUUUUUCAAGUAAUCAGACAUAAUGUUGAUCACGGAUGUAUGAAAUUUAUUUUAUUUAUUUGUACAUUUGUUGCCAAAGCUUUUUAUUAAGCUGCCAUCAGCAUUCUUGUACUUGCUGGUCUAUUAAUAAAUAUUUUUAAGUCUUAA